GGAAGCUCGUGUCACGUGACCAGAAACGUCAACGAUUCAAUGGCAGCCUACUGUUUUGUAAAUUAACACAAGGGACAGCUGCAUAAAAUAGUCGCAUUUCGCAUUUCUAAGACGUUGCCAUGUCUCCCAAGAUCACGGUGGAGCUGCUGCGGCAGCUACGGCAAGCCAUGAGGAACACCAAGUACAUCGCUGAGCCCAUCCAGGCCUACAUUGUCCCCUCUGGAGACGCACACCAGAGUGAAUACAUCGCACCAUGUGACUGCAGACGUGAAUUCAUCUGUGGCUUCAAUGGCUCCGCAGGUACGGCCAUUGUUACGGAGAAGCAUGCAGCCAUGUGGACAGACGGACGGUACUUCCUCCAGGCCAGCCAGCAGAUGGACAACAACUGGACCCUCAUGAAGAUGGGUCUGAAGGAGACACUCAGCCAGGAGGACUGGCUGAUCAGUGUGCUGCCUGACAACUCCACAGUAGGAGUGGACCCCUGGAUCAUUGCUGCUGACCAGUGGAAGAACAUGUCUAAGGCCCUGGCCAGUGCAGGCCACUCCCUGGUGGCUGUUCAGGACAACCUGAUAGAUGCCAUCUGGAGGGACCGUCCAACCAGACCCUCCACUCAGCUCCUCACCCUGGGCCUGGGGUUCACGGGUCUGACGUGGCAAGACAAGAUGACUGCUCUGAGAUCCAAGAUGGCCGAGAGGAAGAUCUCCUGGUUCGUUGCCACGGCGCUGGAUGAGAUUGCAUGGCUGUUCAACCUACGUGGCUCUGACAUCGAGUACAACCCCGUUUUCUUUGCGUACGCCAUCGUAGGAAUGAACACAAUCAGGCUCUUCGUGGACAUCAAGCGUCUGGCCGUGCCGACGGUGAGGGAGCACCUUCAGCUGGACACGCCCUCCAAGGCGGAGCUUAGCGUCCAGACCGCCCCCUACGAGUCUGUGUUCACGGAGCUGCAGGCCGUGUGUGCCUCGCUGGGGCCCAAGGAGAAGGUGUGGAUCAGCGACAAAGCCAGCUGCGCCCUCACGCAGGUCAUCCCCAAGGCCCACCGGUCUCCUAUCCCCUACACUCAUCUCUGCCUCGCCAAAGCUGUCAAGAACGCCACCGAGAUUCAAGGGAUGAAAAUGGCCCAUAUCAAGGAUGCUGUCGCCCUUUGUGAGCUCUUCGCUUGGUUGGAAAAAGAGAUUCCAAAAGGCACAGUGACUGAGAUCUCCGCAGCAGAUAAGGCCGAGGAGUUACGCAGCCAACAGAAAGACUUUGUCGGACUCAGCUUCCCAUCCAUUUCCAGUGUUGGACCAAAUGGAGCAAUCAUUCAUUACAGACCCCUCCCUGAAACCAACAGAACUCUCUCUCUAAACGAAAUCUACCUCCUCGACUCUGGAGCCCAGUAUAUUGAUGGAACAACAGACGUCACCCGCACCAUGCACUUUGGAUCCCCCUCUGCUUAUGAGAAGGAAACCUUCACCUAUGUUCUGAAGGGACAUAUAGCCGUCAGCGCUGCCAUUUUCCCCAACGGAACCAAAGGCCACCUGCUGGACUCGUUUGCCCGCCAGGCGCUGUGGGAGUCUGGGCUGGACUACCUUCAUGGUACGGGCCACGGGGUGGGAUGUUUCCUCAAUGUCCACGAGGGACCCUGUGGGAUCUCCUACAAGACCUUCGCCGACGAGCCCCUGGAGGCAGGCAUGAUUGUCAGCGAUGAACCUGGGUACUAUGAGGACGGCUUGUUUGGCAUUAGAAUUGAAAAUGUUGUUCUGGUGGUGCCAGCAAAACCCAAGUACAACUACAGGAACAAGGGCAGUUUGACGUUUGAGCCUCUCACUCUGGUCCCCAUCCAAGCCAAGAUGGUAAACACAGAUCUUCUCACCCAGAAAGAGCGUGAUUGGGUGAACGAGUACCACAGGCAGUGCCGGGAGACGAUUGGAGCAGAGCUGGAGAGACAGGGCCGCAAGGAGGCCAUGGAUUGGCUGAUCAGGGAAACCCAGCCAAUCGCCUGAAGGCUAUUCUGUGACUGACUCUUAUUUAAUUCAAUUGUAUUGCUCAGGAGUACAAUUGAUCGUUCAAUUGAUUGCGCAUCUCAGCAGUGAUGAUAACCAUUUCUUUAGAUAUUUUCUCUGAGAAGCUACUAUCUAUCGUUCUGGUCUCUGUGUAUUUUCACGCUAUGCUUCUUUUCUAAAGCACACCACCCAUGUCUGAACUGUUUUAUGGCGAUUCAAUAAAUAUAUAUGAAUAGGAAA